CAAAGCCCAGUUGCUAAACUGCAAGUGUGGAUUGGGGUCGGCGUUCCAUAGUAAAUAGCCACACAAACAUGACAUCAACAAGGACUGAAGGAGCCAGACAAAAAGCAGAUUCGUAGUUGGUAUCAACUAGCUAGUGAUUCCGGUCUUAACCAUUCUCUUUUCACCAAUCAUAGCUAGAGAUUUUCUACUAGCAAUUAGCUAAAAAUGCAGGUAUGUUCUGUAUUAUAUUUUGCCCUGCCCAGGACGAGCAAUCUAAUUAGGUAGCUACUUGAGCUGUUAACGUUAGCAAGUUAUGCUAAUUUAGCUAACUAGCUAGUUAGUUGCUAGCUAACGUUAAUAAAGUUCAACGUAACUGUUUAACCAUCGAAAAGGUGUUUAAUAGUUACGUUAACUAGUUAACAGUUAUUAGAAUGUGCAUGACUUUGACAUUUGCCCAAAUUGCAGCCCGAAAUAAAUUGUUACUUUGUUUGUUUUGUUUAAGCUAACUACCAGUACAUAGCCCGCUAGCUAAGUUAACUAAGCCUGCUAACUAGCUAGCGAACCAGCUUGCUAACGCCACCAGCGUAUAUUCGAAUAUCUAGCUUGUAAUAAUCCUCCCUCAGCUUCAAGAGAAGCCGACAGGGGACAUGAAGCGGAUGAGUUAUGCCACCAUCAACAAUUUGUCAUGCAAAGUAUUUUCCCUUUGCCUCUUGUUCAUUCAUUGGAGAUAAGCUAAAGGUCUCAUCACACAGUCAACACACAUGAACCAGCUAGCUCUGUGUGAAUAAUAACAACACUCCGUUGAGUGUUGGACGCUCAAGAAUCACCAUGGCUGUGGCCAACACCACCAAAACAUCAUGGAGAUUACAGGAGAUUGUAGCCCAUUCCAGUAAUGUGGUGUGUCUGGCCCUGGGGAAGAACUCAGGCCGUCUGCUAGCCACUGGGGGAGAGGACUGCCGAGUCAACAUCUGGGCAGUCAGCAAACCCAACUGCAUCAUGAGUCUGACAGGCCAUAAUAACCCAGUGGAGUGUGUAAAGUUUAAUAACUCUGAGGAGCAGGUGGUGGCUGGCUCACAGUCCGGAUCACUGCGCGUAUGGGACCUGGAGGCUGCAAAGAUCCUAAGAACUCUAAUGGGACACAAGGCCAAUAUCUGCAGCUUGGACUUCCACCCGUUUGGGGAAUACCUGGCAUCUGGUUCCAUGGACACCAACAUCAAGCUGUGGGAUGUACGGAGAAAGGGCUGUGUGUUCAGGUACAAGGGUCACACUCAGGCAGUGAGGUGCCUGGCCUUCAGUCCAGAUGGGAAAUGGUUGGCCUCUGCUAGUGAUGACAGCACCAUCAAGCUGUGGGACCUGACUGCAGGGAAGAUGAUCACAGAGUUUACAGCACACACCGGCGCCAUCAACAUCAUCCAGUUCCACCCCAACGAGUAUCUGCUAGCGUCAGGCAGCUCUGACAGGACCAUCAAACUGUGGGAUCUGGAAAAGUUCAAGAUGAUUGGCUCUUCAGAGGGAGAGCUGGGACCAGUCAGGUGUCUGGCCUUUAACCUGGAUGGCUGCUGUCUGUAUAGUGGAGCUGUGGACUCUCUCCGUGUGUAUGGCUGGGAGCCCGACCGCUGCUUUGAUGUGGUGCCAGUGGGCUGGGGCAAGGUGGCAGACCUGGCUAUCUGCAACCACCAGCUGAUUGGCGUGUCGUACAAUCUGACUAAUGUCUCGUCUUACGUGGUGGAUUUGACGCGGGUGAAGAAGUCUGGCUCUGUGAUCCAAGGCGUAAUCCAGGACGACCAGCCGCUCACAGAGCCCUCCCCGAAAGGGUCCACGCUGCGACGCAACUACGACAGACCCCUGACCACCUGCAGCACACAGAGGGUCAAGCAGAGUUCUGAGUCAGACCGCCGCAGUCCCGAGGGGGAGAGGAGGAGCCCCAGUAGCGAGGACGAGAAGGAGUCCUCCGCCGAGAUCCGUAACCCUGAGGACUACAAAGAGAUCUUCCAGCCAAAGAGCGCCAUCUCUCGCACCCCCCCAAAGAGUGAGCCCUUCCCUGCCCCCUUGGAAGAUGAGAGUUUUGUGGUGAGGGCUAACCAAGGGCUGGUGGAGCUCAUGACUCCUAUGACUGGCAGACAGCAGCCCGGCCUGUUGUUAAACCUUCCCGUGGCAUCGUCCACUCCGGUCCUGAGGGUGGAGCCUACCAUGGUUGCCACGGCGCCCCGUCCCAUCCCCGUGGUAACCACACGACCUCCGAGCUCUAACCACUCCCCCGCACCCCAACCAGCCCCCCCACCGGUCGUUGCUAUGGCGAAGGCCAAACCCCAGCCCAGCGUCAUCCUCUCCACCAGGAAUGAACCAAUAGGGCUCAACGUGGGCGAUUUCUUGCCUCCUGCUCGUAACAACCGGCUCAGUGUGCUGGGUGAUGACGAGGCUCUGGCCCAGAUCCGAAAGGGCCAUGAUACCAUGUGUGUGAUGCUCACCAGCCGACACAAGAACCUGGACACCAUCAGAGCCGUGUGGGGCAGCGGGGACGUCAAGACUUCCUUGGACUCGGCCGUCUCGAUGAAGGAUCUCUCUAUCGUCGUGGACAUCCUCAACAUCGUUAACCUCAAACCGUCGCUAUGGAAACUGGACCUGUGUACCUCUAUCCUGCCCCAGAUUGAAGAGCUGCUGCAAAGCAAGUAUGAGAGUUAUGUGCAGACGGGUUGCACCUCUCUGAAGCUGAUCCUGAAGCGUUUCUGGCCUCUCAUCUCAGACACGCUGACAGCGCCCCCCUCUGUUGGAGUGGAUAUAACACGGGAGGAACGCCACCAGAAGUGCAAGGCAUGCUACAAGCAGCUGAAGAACCUCAGCAACGUGGUGAAGAACAAGGCCAACCAGGUGGGACGCCACGGCAGCGCCUUCAAAGAGCUGCAGCUGCUCAUGUCCCCACUGGACUACUGACAGUCGACUAUGCAACUAGAGACCCGAAAUGGCUGAGCACUGCUGUGAGGACUCGAAGUCUGACUGACGGCUGCAUUCUCUCAUCCACCUGAGUGGUAAAUCAGGGGACAAUCAGAUUCACACUGCGUGUGGAUGGACUGAAGCAAUGGAGUCACACAGGGUGGGAUAUGAGUCCUGUGCCCAUUGCAUCCAGAAGGAGUCAGUAGGUGUGUUUAUGGCGUAGCUCUAUUUAAACACUGGGCACUUAUGAUUCCUUAAUCUGUAUUUGUCUGUGUAUGAGUAAUUAUGUCCUCUGUAACCUUGACUUGCCCACCACAGAUGUGCACACACACUUUAAUUCCACACACACAAACACCUAGGGCCGGGUUUCAUUCCGAUUGUGGGUUAUAGGCAUUGCGGCUUUUAAAGGUAAUGUUCACGAGGAGAUCCUAUUCACAGUAAAAGCUGCGGCUUGAUGCCUAUAACCUACGAUCGGAUUGAAACCCGGCCUAAUUUACUGUGUGAUUUCUAUUUAAAUAUUCUCUCAAUCUUUUUCUACAUUCUGUACCUAAGAUGUCAACCCUAGAUGCACUCUUUGAAAGUAGUAAACACUAAAAUAACAUGUUUUUCAAAUAAAGAAUUGUUUAAAAAGGAA